AUGGGAGAAUCCAGACAGGAAUUGCUGGCAUGGAUUAACAACCUGCUGCAGCUGAACUUGACCAAGAUUGAACAGUGCGGAACCGGGGCUGCUCUGUGUCAGAUUUUUGAUUCGAUAUUUAUGGAUGUUCCCAUGUCGCGUGUGAAGUUCAAUGUCAACACCGAAUACGCCUAUCUCCAGAAUUUCAAGAUCCUUCAGAAUACAUUCACUCGCCACCAGAUUGAAAAGCCGAUCCCGGUCCAGCAGCUCUCAAAAUGCCGCAUGCAGGAUAAUCUCGAAUUUCUCCAGUGGACCAAGAGAUACUGGGACCAGCACUACCCCGGGGGCGACUACGAUGCCGUAGGCCGCCGGAAGGGUUCUGGCGCUCCGGCCCCUUCUGCCACUGGUACUCGCUCUGGCGCAUCGUCCUCGGCGGGAGCUACCCGGAGAGGAGCUACCCCUACAACCGGCGCUGUUCGCCCUCGGGUUUCCGCCGCCGGAGGAGCCAGCACUGCUGCUCUGCAGCAGGAGAUUGCGACUCAGAAGGAGGCUAUUGCUGGCCUGGAGAAGGAGCGCGACUUCUACUUUGCCAAGCUUCGGGAUAUCGAGCUACUGCUGCAGAAUGCUAUCGAGGCCGACCCAGAACUGGAGAAGGAGGAAGACUCUCUGGUGAAGCAUAUCCAGGGCAUUCUGUACUCGACGGAGGAAGGGUUUGAGAUCCCAGCGGAAGCGGAGGUCGCCGAUGAGCUGGAGACAUUCUAG